AUGCCCUUGCACUGUUUGAAGGCUGCCACGAGCUGGGUGCUGGAGGAAGAGGCACCCAUCAUGGGUCCCCUCACUGCCCCCAGCCGCACGGUGCCCCUGGCUGGGCUGGCAAGCGUCCCCGCCAUUCAGACAAGCGCCGUGCUGUGUGCGGGCGGCUGUGCCCUGCUGGCCCUCAGCUCGCUGCUGGCCAUCGUUGCCAUCCUGCUGCCCAGCGGAGCCUGCGAGAGGCGAGUCUGCACCCUGGCUGGCUACAUGCAGACAGCAGCAGUGUUCAUAAUGGCUUCUGGGCUUUUGGUUUACCCUUUUGGUUUCAACUCUGCUACUGUGAAGAGAUUCUGUGAGAAUUCAGACAUCUACUAUGCAGGAGACUGCCAGAUUGGAUGGGGGUAUAUGCUGGCAAUUGUUGGGGUCAUGUUGUCUGUCUUUUUACCAUUCUUUGCAAAAUAUGCACCAAAAGAGCACAUAUCUCCAACUCCAAUACCUACUAUUUUAUAGUAUUUUAUUACUGUUUAAGAACAGAACAUUCCUGUCUAUAGGCAAUGGGCAGAAAUAAUUAUAGCACUUCCAUUUAGCUGAAUUGCUAAAGAGAGGAGAAAGGAGAUGGGGAAGAGAAGGUCAGAUUCACAAAGACCAAAAGUGCAUUGAUAGUCUUCCGUAAGUACGAGCAGCGAACACUCUGGA